AUAAAACCAGCUUCGCCUCUGAUUCAUUUGCACAACGACAACGCAUUAAAAUGUCGUUCCCAUCUGUGUUCACUAAAUUAUCUAUCCUGUUGGCAUAUUUGAAUCACGUCAAAGGAACACGUUCAUAUACCCAACCGUCGUCCUAUGACGACAAUACUCUUACCAUAUCCGAUGACUACAUGUAUUCAAUUUCUUACGACACGUACCGUACUGAUUGCCAUCGGUUUGUGUCACAGCCACCAACCAUAUCGGAUACACUUAUGGAUCAUGCGUUAAAUGCUUCGAUCAGUCGAACCGAUCGCUACAUUGCACUCGAUAUUGUAGCAUCGGGAAAUACGCCUAAACCGAAACAAUUCAAGCAGAUGGAUCGUAACAAUUACUAUUUUGAGUCGGUUACCAGAUAUGUUCAGCAGACAGCCUGUACAUCGAAGAAAACUACAACCAUCGACUUGUCGACGUUGCAAAUAGAAAAGUUCAGAAAAUACAUGAAGGAAGAUGUGACUAAGGUCGCCUGUGAGGCCGGUCACAUUAAAUAUCCUAAAUGUUCGGGCAGCAAUAAAUACAGAUCUUUCGAUGGAACCUGCAACAAUCUGGAGCGACCAUUAGAUGGAAGAGCACUGGACUGUAUGUUACGCUUAUUGCCGCCUGACUACAAAGAUGGAAUUAGUAAAUUCAGAACAUCAGUGGAUGGUUCACCGUUACCUAAUGCGAGAGUUCUAUCCACACAUCUACUGGGUGACGAUAACCGCAGGCCAUUUUCGCCUGAAUUUAGUGACUUUCACUCAUUUUUGGGAGAAUUCGUUAUCAGUGACAAUGGCAUGACUGCGAACCAUGAUACUGGAAUAGGAAAACUUGCAUCAUGUGACCAUGAAAAUACUCAACGGGUUAAUCAUCCACAAUGCGCCGGUAUUCCGAUACCACAAAAUGACACUAUGCAUCGACUAUAUCCAAAUCAGACAUGUAUUCCAUUCACGAGGACAAUACCGUGUGCUCGAUGUAGACUUGGACCGCGAAUGGUGUCUAGUUCAGUAACAGCAGCACAGGACUUAAAUUCAGUGUACGGAGUGAGUACAGAAAUGUCGAAUGCUAGAAGAACAAUGGUAGGCGGUCGCCUAAAGUCGCAAAUAAUAAAAGGCCACGAAAUAUUUGCUGUGGAAAGGUUCAACACCACCGGUAGAUUUCGUUGUUUUGAAGGGGAAUGUGAGCUUUCGCCUUUCGACGGUAGAAACACUCAAUUGCCAACAGGGCAAAUGUUCGCCUUGUUAUUCCACAGGAAUCAUAAUUGGCACGCACGAAGGAUAGCGAAAAUGAAACCGGAUUGGCACAAUGAGCAAAUAUUUCAAGAAGCGAGACGUUGGAACGUCGCUGAAUAUCAGCACUGUAUUUUCAAUGAAUACGUGAAAACAAUCAUCGGGUCUGCCUUGAUGGGUAAAUUUAAGAUUCAACCGAAGCCAGUUGGCCAGUUCAGCACUUACAAGCCAGAUAUAGCAUUAAAGACCGUCGUAGAGUUUCAAUCGACAGCUGGCCGAAGUGGCCACGUUACCUUAGACGAAGACAUAAAUAUAACCGAUCCAAAGACCGGGAAAAAGUCAAAAGUUAAUUUUUUGGAUGCGGCGAAAACCGAAAAUAUUUUCUACGAAGGUCAAGUGGAUGGUGUCUUUUUGGCGCAAAUUUCCAGACCAUCGUUUGAAACGACACCAAGUGUUCCAUUCAAAACAUUUUUGUUUAACCAACCUGGGCGAACAUUCGGCUUAGAUCUAGGUGCAUUGGACAUUCAUCGUCAGCGUGAUCACGGAAUUCCCGGCUACAUUUACUACCUUAAAUACUGUCACAAUGUGGCCGUUCAACGCUGGGAUGAUUUGAAGCAAUUCAUUGAUCCUGGAAACAUUGCAAAGCUGAAGAAAUAUUAUAAAUACGUUGAAGACAUUGAUUUGUACAUCGCUGGACCUUUCGAACGUAAACUGUCUGAUGAUCUAGUCGGACCCACAUUCGGUUGUAUUAUUGCCACACAGUUUCACAAUGUCAAGUAUGGCGACCGUUUUUUCUACGAGCACGGAAACCAAGUAGGGUCGUUCAGCAUUAAGCAGUUGAAUGAAAUCAAAAGGAAGACAAGCCUAGCGAGUAUUUUGUGCAAAACUACGAAAUUGGGGAGGGUAUCACGGGAUCCGCUGAGAUUGUUAUCGAAGACCAAUCCGCUUGUGGAUUGUUCACAAUUUGACUACAUAGAUUACCAAUUGAAUGUCGGUAGCAAAUAG